GUCGACGCCAACGAUUAGAAAUCGUUCCACACAAUAGUCGUGCUGUUCGGCCUCCUAGACGUCAACGUUUUGUGCUCUUGCUGUCCGUCGAGGAGCAACAAUGUGGUUGCGAUUUGCGACACUUGCGACGUGUCUCUCGGCUCUCAACGUCCUGGCAGUGCACGAAGACACAAAGGGAACGACAGUUUAUAAAAAGAUCGAGUAUCCAGAACCGCCGUCUCCCGAGCCUUGUCCGUUCGGUUGCAAAGGCCUGAAGGGAGAAAAGGGGGUUCAGGGAAGACCAGGACGACAUGGUAACCCUGGAGAGCGAGGAUAUCGUGGACCUCCAGCAAUUUGGCCGCCAUGGCCUAAAGAUGCCGCAUUGAAAGGAGCACGUGGUGAUAAAGGAGAUGAUGGAGUCGAUGGAAGAUCUGGAGCUGGCGGUGAUCCCGGAGACGCGGGAAAUCCGGGUUCGCGUGGGGUGGAUGGAGAAAAUGGAGCCGAAGGGAGCCAUGGCCGUCCUGGAGCGCCUGGCGCACCUGGAUCUGACGGUGACCAGGGUCGUAAAGGUGGCAAGGGGGCACGAGGAGUGGAAGGUACGAAAGGCGCCCGUGGAGACAAGGGUGUGAAAGGAGCAAAAGGUACUCCGGGUCUAGAUGGAACAAAGGGUGCCAAGGGAGUGCAGGGUGACGAUGGCGAAGACGGACGUCCUGGUGCAAAGGGCGCAAGAGGUGUGAAGGGUGAGAUGGGAGUCAUGGGGAAUACAGGCGGAGAAGGUCCGAUUGGGUCCGGAGGUCGACCGGGAGCGAAGGGACGAGAUGGUGCGCGCGGACAGACAGGGAAAAAGGGGGUGAUUGGCAAGACCGGGAAUGAUGGAAAGAAGGGAAAGAAGGGUGAAACGGGGCCUUCUAUUGACACGAUAUCUAUUAAUGCUGAUGUGUGCACGGGUAGUCUGGAAGGUCAGGUUCGGUAUGAACCUAAUCGAAAUCUACUUUACUACUGUGAUGGAAGCGAGUGGAGAUGCUUGAGAGACAAGCCUUGCUCAGGAGUAACAUGCGAACAGAAACUGAAAGAGGGCGAAUUGUUAUACAGGUUGAGGACAAAAUUGAGGUCCGCCUGCGUUGCUGUCAUUAUCGACGAAUCAGGAUCAAUGAGAAACGAGCAGUCUUGGCUGCCGAACACUAUACAAAAGCUAGAGAAGGCGCUGCUCGACGUUUCGAUCGGAUCGAGAAUUCAUAACCUCUACGCUAUGGUCGGUUUCGGUCUCAGAGACACCCCUGUCCGACUCAUCCUGCACAACGGCCUCAUAUGGUACAACGCGGCCGACCUGCUAAAGUCGGCUGAACAAUUAAGGCACGACGGCGAGUUAGAAGACGGGUUCUAUGCCAUCAAGUAUGCCAUUGAGAACAUCCAGUUUCCUAGCAAUUGUGUCAAACACUUUAUUCUCAUGACCGACGAGGCGCGCAAGGCGUCGAGUUCGGGCGUCGGUCUUACAGCGGCGUCGACUCUCAAGCUUUUGCAAGACAACAACAUAACCCUGAAUGUGAUCGCGAAUAUUGCGCUACAACUCAACAGCGGUGCGGACGUCUUUGCGGUUACUAGCGAAGGCAACUCUUUCGGCGUCGGCCGCAGCAACACGUUUAUCUCCUACUCCGAUCCGUUGUCAGUGGCGGCGGGUGCGAGUUUCUGUCAGUUUUACAAGGAUUAUGGCGAAAUGGCUUUGAGGAGCGGCGGCGCCGUCUGGGACAUAGAGACGUUGCGUAAAGCACAGCAGGCGGAUAUGUUUCGAGAGGUAUUCACGGCUGCUUUUGCGGAGGUGAAGAAGCGGGAAAUCGUCGCCGCAUCGAAGGUGUGCCAGCAGUGCGUCUGCGCAGACAGCGGUUUCGGUCAGCCCGAGCUUCAGUGUAGCGAGCAUUCGAACAAGGCUUACUGCAACUGUCGUGUUUCUGACGGAGAAACGGACGAAAGCUGCCAGCGUUUUGAGAAUGGAGCCUCGGGAGCGUUUGAUCCGGGAACUUUGGCCCCGGACGACUGUUCUGUUCCUGAAUGACAAGCAUCGGUGCCUACACUCGAUGAUGUUGAACUAAGUUUCUACAACAGAUACUAGCUUGCAGUACGAUAGUAUAUUAGUUGGCUGUUUCGUGUAAGUCUGUACGUAUACCUUCUCAUCAAUCUGAUAUUCUCAACAAGUUGAUUGUUGAUCAUCA